GUAGUUUCUUGUGUUUUGAAACUGGAGAAAUUCUUCUGCUAGUUGGAUGUUGUAAUGCCUUUGUCUGUGGAUGAAGUGCAGAAGUGGUAGUGUUAGGAAGGCAUUUAGCCAUGAAUUUAUAGCCCAUGGCGUGUGUGAUGGUUGGGCAGGAGACAGUGCCAUGAGUAUGAUACGUGUGCUGCUGCAGUUUUGGAGGUGCCGUGAUGUAAUCUGGAUCAGGUUCUGCUGGGGCCAAGUGUUUGGCACAGCCGUGUGGUGAUCGGUUUACUGGGGAAAUAUGGCACCAGCAUGAGGACCCCAUGGGCUUCUCUAGCCAGAAGCACAUUUCAGACAUGGAUGGUGCUUGGAAAUCUCAUCAAAAUCAGUCAUCACGUUUGGUGUCUGCAGCUAGUUGCAACAACAUUGCACGCAGAGCACUCAUGGCAUUGUCCCCGGCCCAACGCUCUGGCUGAUAGCUACACACUAACCACACGCAUAUGCACUCCCCUGAGUCCUUUCUUCCUUCCUACUAUAAAUCCAUGGCCUGCUCAGCACAAACUUCAUCUCAUCUCAAUCAGCAUCACAAUCUACAACACACCUUCAGACUUCCAGAGCCAAAGUGAAAUUUAGCCAGCCGGAAACACAUCCGACUCAACCAUGAUCCAUCCAAAGAAGCUUGCUCAGCUGGCCAAGAAGUGCCAGCGGAUGUUGUCAGCCGGAGCCGGUGCCCACCGUCGGCAUGCUUCAGACAUGGCCGCCGACGAGUGCUGCAGCACAGUGUCAUCUGUGGUUGCCGAUGAGGGCCAUUGCGUGAUGUACACCGCCGAUGGAACCCGGUUCGAGGUCCCUCUGGCGUACCUCGGGACGACGGUCUUCGCCGAGCUCUUAAGGAUGUCUGAGGAGGAGUUUGGCUUCGCGAGCGGCAGUGACGGAGGCAGGAUCAUGCUGCCCUGUGAUGCCAGUGUGAUGGAAUAUGUCUUGUGCCUGGUCAGGAGAGAGGCUUCUGAGGAGGUCGAGAGGGCAUUCUUGAGCUCCAUUGUUGGGCACUGCCACAGCUACAAUGCUAGCUGCAUGGCACCAUCAGUAGGACUCGGCCAUCAAUUUGCUCUUUGUUCUUAGCUACUAGCUUAGCUUCUGAAAUAUUUUUAGUUAGGACUAAGAGGAGCUCUUUAGAGCCUCAUGUAAGAUUCAAUGAUCACGGUAAAUGAUAUAAAGAGACAAUUUUCUGGGAGAAA